AUGGCGUUGAGAAAUUACGUGAUUCCUGACUUGAAAAAUGAACUCAGGACCAAGAUGACUGUUGAGGCCAAAGAAGCGAUCAUGUACGCUUGCUGUCAGAAGCUAGAUGACUGGAUCAAGUUUUGGCCCUACACUUGCACGCUCCCUCAAGAAUUUGAAGACGACGAUGAAUGGAGUACUAAAGAUGGUUUCCGAUCAAUAGGAAUCGCUUACGUCCCGGAUCUCCAAGAAGCCGCCUUCGCUUCUGCAGUUCUUUCAACUGGGACUUGUUAUAAUUUCUUGAAGAUGCCUCAUCUGUUGAAGAGGAUGGACAGCUUCAACCAGCAGGAGAAAUGGCUCAAAGAAGCUGACAUGUUGGCGCUGAAGAAUUUUAUUGAGAAAUCCAAGCCCCACGUCAUUGUCGUCACAGCUGAAUCCAAAGAAGCGUUGAUGAUUUAUAAUGAUGUCAAAAAGUGUUUGAAGGAACUCAAUAAAAAAAAUAAAUUUCCUUUGAUCCAAGUGGAGCUUUGCGACCCUAAUGUUGCCAAAAUUUAUUCGACUAGCAACAGAGGAAUCACCGAGUUGCCAAGCUACCCUCCAAUCUUGAGAGUAGCCACUUCUUUAGUCAGAAGAAUCCUGGACCCACUUGGAGAAUUUGCGCAACUCUGCAACGCUGAUCAAGAUUUACUGUGUUUGAGGUUCCACCCGCUUCAAGAUCUUCUGAACAAAGAAGAGCUCCUAACAGAGCUGUACUACCAGUUUGUCAACCGUGUGAACGAAGUGGGUGUUGAUGUCAACAACGAAUCAAGCUACACUGGAAGCCUUUUGCAGUUCAUCAGCGGGCUAGGUCCUAGAAAAACUCAAAAUAUGCUGAAACUUCUGAAGCACAAGCAUCUAGUCUUGAAUAAUAGGACCGAGUUAGUACACAAGCUUCACUUUGGUCCAACAGUCUUCAUAAAUUGUGCUGGGUUCAUUAAAAUAGAUGGUUCUAUUAUUACCAACCGGUCGGACGUAUAUCAGGAGCCACUGGACGAGACCAGGAUCCACCCGAAGAGCUACGAGUGGGCCAAUAAAAUGGCAAUUGACGCUCUGGAAGACGGCGAUGAAGAUAUGGACCAAUUCAACGCUACUGAAAGAAUAAUGAAGACGCCUCAUUUGCUUGAUGAGUUGGACCUGGAAGCUUUUGCGGAGCAACUGAAGAAAUCAGGCUUCAGUGAGAAACUGACAACCUUGCUUGACAUUAAAAAAGAGUUGAAGCACCCGUACAAGGACAUGCGACGGCCAUACCAAUCACUGUCCGCCAGAGAGAUCUUCAAUUUUCUGACCAAGGAGACUCCGGAGACCUUCUACGUCGGGAAACUUGUCCAGGCGACUGUCGUAGGGUUCCACUACAAGAAGCCCAAAGGCAAGAAGCUGGAUCAAAGCAAUCCGAUCAAGAACAAUGAGACAGAAACGUGGCAGUGUCCUUUCUGCUUGAACAAAGAUUUUCUGGAGUUGUCUGAAGUAUGGAGCCACUUUGACAGCAACAAGUGUCCUGGAAAAGCAGUCGGAGUCAGGCUGAGGUUGGAAAAUGGACUGUCGGGGUACAUUCAUCUCAAGAAUUUGUCCAGUCAACCGGUCGAGAAUCCUGAAGAUAAAGUGAGGAUCAAUCAAAUGAUUUCUUGCCAGGUUGUCAAAGUUGACGUAGAAAAAUUUGGUAGUGAAUGUUCCAGCAAAAGCACCGAUCUUGCUGAUGUUAACAACAUCUUCAAACCGGCUAAAGAUCAUCACUAUGACCAUCAAGCGGAGGAAGAAGACAAACGAAUGGAGAAGGAAAGUCAGAACAAGAGCAAGAACAACGUCGACGCCAGGAGAGUGAUAGUCCAUCCAUCGUUUCAUAAUAUCACCUUCGCAGAAGCGGAGAAAAUGAUGCAGACUAUGGAUCCAGGAGAGUGCGUGAUCAGACUGAGCAGCAAGGGAGUCAACAGGCUGUCAAUCACCUGGAAGAUUGUUGAUGACAUCUAUCAACAUAUUGAUGUCGUUGAAGAGGACAAGCCUAAUGCUUAUUCCUUGGGCCGCAGCUUGUACAUCGGAGCUAAGAAGUUUGACGACUUGGAUGAAAUCAUCGCCAGGUACAUCAAUGUCAUGGCGGGCUAUAUUGCAGAAGUUCUUAAAUUUAAAUACUACUGCGACGAUGUUUACGGAGUCAAACAUAAGUCUGAAGAGAUUUUGAGGGAGCAGAAGAAAAUCAACCCCAAAGGCAUCCCGUACAUUCUUUCGGCUGCUAAAACUCACCCUGGAAAAUUUGUUCUGUCGUACAUUCCCAGGAGUACGUGUUACCAUGAGUACUUCAGCGUGACCACCGAAGGGUUCAAAUUUAGGAAUAGAAUCUUCAUUAAUUUGGAAGCUAUGAUUAAGUGGUUCAAACAGCAUUUCAGAGGACCCAUUGCGCAGCCACAACAGCCGCUUUACUACCAGCCGACUCCGAUUAACACUGUUAUGUCCACCCGCAAAUUUUUUUUCUCUCUUCUCUUUCUUUAA